AUUCGCGUCUUGCACACCACCGGCGCCUCUUCUCCUUCUCGUCUUUCUUUCUAUUUACUCUUUUCCGUUUUCUUUCCGAUCUCUCCUAGCUUUCGUGAUGGCUCGUACGAAGCAAACCGCCCGGAAGUCAACCGGAGGAAAGGCCCCGAGGAAGCAGUUGGCCACCAAGGCUGCCAGGAAGUCCGCUCCGGCGACCGGAGGAGUCAAGAAGCCGCAUAGGUUCAGGCCAGGAACCGUCGCCCUCAGGGAAAUCAGGAAAUACCAGAAAAGCACCGAGCUGCUCAUCCGGAAGCUGCCGUUCCAGCGUCUCGUUCGUGAGAUCGCUCAGGACUUCAAGACGGAUUUGAGGUUCCAGAGCAGCGCCGUUGCUGCACUUCAGGAGGCGGCGGAGGCCUACCUCGUCGGUCUCUUCGAGGAUACCAAUCUCUGCGCCAUUCACGCCAAGAGGGUGACGAUCAUGCCGAAAGACAUCCAAUUGGCCAGGCGCAUCAGGGGCGAGCGUGCUCCGCCCUCGUCUCAGAGUUUUCCCACCAACAGCGUUUCGUCUUCUUCGCUUCUCCUUUUCCCCUCCUGUAUCAAGUUGAUUCUGUUGCCCACUAUCUGUUUCUGUUCUUGUUUGCUGCUUACGAUGGCUCGCACCAAGCAAACCGCCCGGAAAUCCACCGGAGGAAAGGCCCCCAGGAAGCAGUUGGCCACCAAGGCUGCCAGGAAAUCCGCUCCGGCAACCGGAGGAGUGAAGAAGCCACACAGGUUCAGGCCCGGAACCGUCGCCCUGAGGGAAAUCCGAAAGUAUCAGAAGAGCACUGAGCUUCUCAUCCGGAAGCUGCCGUUCCAGCGUCUCGUCCGUGAGAUCGCUCAGGACUUCAAGACGGAUCUCAGGUUCCAGAGCAGCGCCGUCGCGGCUCUCCAGGAGGCGGCGGAGGCCUACCUCGUCGGGCUCUUUGAGGACACCAAUCUUUGCGCCAUCCAUGCCAAGAGGGUGACGAUCAUGCCGAAGGACAUCCAGCUGGCCAGGCGGAUCAGAGGCGAGCGCGCUUGAUCGUGUAGACCCACUGUCUAACCUAGAGUAGCUAAAUUGGGGCUUUUAAUCUCGUUUUUUUCUUCUCUUUUUCGUGGGGGUGGUUACUUUGUUCUUUUUGUUUGAGGGCACCGGUCUUUGAUCGGGUUCCUUGAAAUUUGUAAGUACAACUGGUGAUAUUUCUUCAAUGAUGCAUCGUUAGUCAAGUA